AUGGAGAAAUGGAAGAACUCAACCAACGAAAAAGAAAAUGUAGAAGUAACGGUCAAAAAACAAAAUCAUUCAACAACUCAAAUUACACACAUCAAAUCUCAAGAAGUUGAGAUUAUUGACGGGGUGAAGCUUUAUCUCAAAGAUGGUGAACAGAAAUUAACUUCUACAAGUAAAUAUAAAGGUGUUCGACUUAGAUGGAGAAGAUACUCUGCUGAGAUUCGAGAUCCAUUUGCAAAGAAAAGAAUAUGGCUAGGUACUUUUGAUACUGAAAUACAAGCUGCUACGGCUUAUAGUCGAAAGAUGGAUGAGUAUGAAGAAAGAAAGCUAGUUGAAAUUACAUUGUUGGAUGAUUUUACUAUUAGUCUAUCAUGCAAGGAAGAGGGGGAAUCGUGUCAUAACUAUGACGAUCCAUCUAAUGAUGAUGACAACGACAACAUUGGUGGUGGUGGUGGUUUAAAUAUGAUGCACUUAGGUGCUCAUGAUAUGUCAGAGAUUCGACCUUAG